UGACAAAGCAACCAGUUUGAAUUCAACCUUAACCUCUUGUUCCACGCACGUCUCUUCCUCUUCACCAACCAGGAACCUCUCUACCUCUCUCUCUCUCUCUUGUUUGUUCUCUGCUGCAGCUCAACAACCUAGCUCCAUCUUUAUCCCUAGUUACAGAGCUAUGGAAUUGGAAUUUAAGCACAGAAAGCUGAUUAGCCCACCCUGUUCAUUAAAAUGUAAAAUCCCCCAUAAUAACGGUAUCUUCAUAGUCGUCGCAUCGUCGUUGGCUGCAAUCGCUUUGCUUGUUAUUUGCGGCUAUUUUCUCUAUGUAAAGUACUACAAAAACAGAAGAAGAUCACCAUCACAACCACAACCACAACAACAUCUACCUCAUCAGGAGGAGGAGACUCUUCAUCAUCAGGAUCAUCAUGCUGAGUUGUUUAUUGAUGAAGAGCAUGGACCUGUGGUUGACCACCCCAUAUGGUACAUCCGCACCGUCGGUCUGCAACAAUCGCUUAUCAGCUCCAUCAGCGUGUGCCAGUACAAGAAAGGUGAUGGCCUUAUCGAAGGGACAGAGUGCGCUGUGUGCUUGAGUGAGUUCCAAGAAGAUGAGACUUUGAGACUUCUGCCAAAGUGUGAUCAUGCUUUUCAUAUUCCCUGUAUUGAUACUUGGCUCACAUCUCAUACAAAUUGCCCCUUGUGCCGUGCCCCCAUUAUCAAAACCGGCGCAACAGAUGUGGCACCACCCGAGCCAUUUGUUGCAGCUGAUUCAAGUGAGCCAGCAGAGGAAGAAACCCCGGUCGAGGUUCUAGAAAAUACAGGUGAGUCCAGUACUAGUACUGGAGGAGUUGAAGAUGAAAUUUGUGAUGGGAUUAGUAGGACUACUGAAGCAGGGGAAGAUGAUAUCAUUAACAAACAGAUCUGUAUUAAUGAGGAGGAGGUGGAUGAUGAUGUGGAGGAGCCAAGAAGAAGAUCGGUUUCCAUGGAUUCUGCAUCAGCUUUGAAGAUUAGUCUUGCGGUUUCUAAUGUUGUUGAGGUGGAUAAAUCAAACCGGGGGAUUGAAAUUGUUGCCAAGAGAGUUGGGGGAGAUCAGAAAUUGUCAAGGCAGAAAGGUAGUUCUUCAAGAGGGGCAUCUUUACAAAAUGGAAAACAAACAAUUCAGAAGUCGUCUUCCUGGAAUGGCAAGUUCUCAUUAUGCAGGGACAUCAACAACUGUGACUCCGUUGUUCCACUGCGAAGCUUUUGAGUUUCUUUUACUUGUCUUUUGGUCCUUCUCGAUCUGUGGUGAGACAUCCAUCUAAGAACUUGAUGAGAUUGUCUCCAAGCUCUCAGCAACAUACUGAGAGUUUUUAUACUUUGUAGUGAAACUACAUACUUCAUUUCAAGUCUUGUUUAAUUUCUAUCCAAGUAGGAAAUUGAGGUUGGCCCAAAAUGGGAUUGAGCUCACUCAUAAAUGAUGAUACUUUGUGAUUCAUUUACACAAAUCUGUAUUGGAGUAAAGCAGAAUGAUCCUACUGCUUUUUCCCUUUUUCUCUAGUACUAAUAUGUAUCUGAUAACACUAGUUUGCUUCAUACCAUUCCAUCA